GCUCAGCACGGUCCACACCACCUGGAGCCCGAUCGGACGGCGCAGUGAGUCCUGGACACUGAAAUCCCGGACAGACUUCACCUCGGCACUUGCUCUUGGGGCCACAUGGAAGCCAUCGCCAGGCUUCCUCCAAAGUGGCCGAGCCUGGCAUAGGGGAAGAGUUGGGAAUACUCGCUUCCUGCCUUUGUCCUGUAGUUGGACCACAGCGCCGGCUCUGUUUACAUUCUUUCAGUGCUCUUACUGAAAGGGCUUGGCCGUGUCCUUCCAAAGUGUUCGCAGCGUCCUUUGGUCCCAUUCGGGUUUCUCUCUCUGUCUCUCUUUUUUGCUGGCGUUCAGCUAGCAUCUGGAAAGAUCCACUGGACACGCUGGGCUCCUUUUUGGAGACUCUGCUCCACUGUUCAGGGAAACCAGGAAAGGAGCAAGCUUCCACCGUGAGUCCCCGGCGUGCAGGAGAGCCUCGUCGGGGGGCCAUGUCAGCUCAGACCAUGGGCACCCGCGGUCUGGACAAGCGAGGAAGUUUCUUUAAGCUCAUUGACACAAUUGCCUCGGAGAUCGGCGAACUGAAACAGGAGAUGGUGCAGACAGAUGUCAGCCUGGAAAAUGGCCUGGGACCCACUGAAGCCCACAGCAUGGUAAGGCACAAGGACGAUCACUACUCCGAGGAAACGGACGCCAAGACCUGCCCCCGGGACUCGGGCUACGACAGCCUCUCCAACAGGCUCAGCAUCUUGGACCGACUCCUGCACACACACCCCAUAUGGCUGCAGCUGAGCCUGAGCGAGGAGGAGGCGGCGGGAGUCCUGCAAGCGCAGCCUCCGGGGAUCUUCCUGGUUCGUAAAUCCACCAAAAUGCAGAAGAAGGUCCUUUGCCUUCGCCUGCCCUGUGAAUUUGGAGUCCCACUCAAGGAAUUUGCCAUAAAGGAAAGCACAUACAGAUGCACUUGGGGACACUCAGCUGGUUUCCGAACUCUCUCUUUUCCAGCCUUUUCCCUGGAAGGCUCAGGAAUCAGCUUUGCGGAUUUAUUCCGGCUCAUUGCUUUCUACUGCAUCAGCAGGGACGUCCUGCCAUUUACCUUGAAGUUGCCUUAUGCCAUUUCAACAGCCAAGACCGAGGCUCAGCUUGAAGAACUCGCCCAGCUGGGACUAAAUUUUUGGAGCUCUCCAGCUGACAACAAACCCCCAAACCCUCCACCUCCCCAUAGGCCUCCCUCCUCCGACGGCGGCGACGACGGCGUGAGUCCGGCCUCCUCGCGUCAGCUCUGCCUGAUAAAUGGAGUGCAUUCUAUAAAAACCAGGACGCCCUCGGAACUGGAGUGCAGCCAGACCAACGGGGCCCUGUGCUUUAUUAAUCCCCUGUUCUUCAAAGUGCACAGCCAGGACCUCGGCGGGGCCCCCCGGCGGCCCUGCACUCGGACUCCCGACGCGGAUGGCACCGAGAGGCCUCGGUCCCCGCCGCCCCGGCCCCCGCCGCCCGCUAUUCAUAGUCAGCCCGCCGGCCCCCAGCUGGCCGGGCCCGUGGCGCCCCCGGCCGGCAUGCCGGAAACCGUCGCCCUGCACCAGUCCGGGGACGCGGCGCGGCUUGGAACGAAACCCACCCCCGUGCCUCCACCCCGGCUCAAGAAGCAGGCGUCUUUCCUCGAGGCGGAGGGCGGCGCCAAGACCUUGACCGGCGGCGGGCCUCGCCCGGAGCCCGCGGCGGGCCCGGCGGGCGGCGCAGGGGGGGGCUCUGCCCCGGCGGAGACGGAGGCGGAGGCGGUCCUGGCCUCGGGGGAUUGCGCAAGGGCCCGGCGCGCCGCCGCCUCGGCCUCGGCAUCCCGGGCCCCGUGGCGCGCGGGCCGCCAGCGGCUGAGUGACAUGAGCCUUUCCACUUCCUCCUCCGACUCGCUGGACCUGGACCGCAGCAUGCCCCUGUUUGGCUACGAGGCGGACACCAACAGCAGCCUGGAGGACUACGACGGCGAGAGCGACCAGGAGACCAUGGCCCCCCCCAUCAAGUCCAAGAAGAAGCGGAACAGCUCCUUCGUGCUGCCCAAGCUCGUCAAGUCCCAGCUCCGCAAGAUGAGCGGCGUCUUCAGCUCGUUCCUGACCCCGGAGAAGCGCAUGGUGCGCCGGAUCGCCGAGCUGGCCCGCGACAAGCGCACCUACUUCGGCUGCCUGGUGCAGGACUACGUGAGUUUUCUGCAGGAGAACAAGGAGUGCCACGUGUCCAGCACCGACCUCCUGCAGACCAUCCGGCAGUUCAUGACCCAGGUGAAGAACUACCUGUCCCAGAGCUCCGAGCUGGACCCCCCCAUCGAAUCGCUGAUCCCCGAAGACCAGAUAGACGUGGUGCUGGAGAAAGCCAUGCACAAGUGCAUCCUGAAGCCCCUGAAGGGCCACGUCGAGGCCAUGCUGAAGCACUUCCACGUGGCCGAUGGCUCAUGGAAACAACUCAAGGAGAACCUGCAGCUCGUGCGGCAGAGGAAUCCCCAGGAGCUAGGCGUCUUCGCCCCCACCCCUGACUUUGUGGACGUGGAGAAAAUCAAGGUCAAGUUCAUGACCAUGCAGAAGAUGUAUUCGCCAGAAAAGAAGGUCAUGCUGCUGCUCAGAGUCUGCAAGCUCAUCUAUACCGUCAUGGAGAACAACUCAGGGAGGAUGUACGGAGCAGAUGACUUUUUGCCAGUCCUGACCUAUGUCAUAGCACAAUGUGACAUGCUGGAGCUAGACACAGAGGUCGAGUACAUGAUGGAGCUUCUGGAUCCGUCCCUGCUACAUGGAGAAGGAGGCUAUUACCUGACGAGCGCCUACGGGGCCCUCUCCCUGAUAAAGAACUUCCAGGAAGAGCAGGCGGCGCGGCUACUCAGCUCUGAGGCCAGGGACACCCUGAGGCAGUGGCACAAGCGCAGGACCACCAACCGGACCGUCCCCUCGGUGGAUGACUUUCAGAAUUACCUCCGGGUUGCAUUCCAGGAGGUCAACAGUGGCUGCACUGGAAAGACCCUCCUCGUGAGGCCGUACGUCACCACUGAAGACGUGUGUCAGCUUUGUGCCGAGAAGUUCAAGGUGGCCGAGCCCCAGGAGUACAGCCUCUUCCUCUUUGUGGACGAAACGUGGCAGCAGCUCGCAGAGGACACGUACCCACAGAAGAUCAAGGCCGAGCUGCACAGCCGGCCACAGCCCCACGUCUUCCACUUUGUCUACAAGCGCAUCAAGAAGGAUCCUUAUGGCAUCAUCUUCCAGAACGGGGAGGAAGACCUCAGCACCUCCUAGGGGACUCACAAGGCUUCCCAGUGGUGCAUCCAAAGAGGGAGACUUAGGAACCUGGCCUCUGGCGUCCACGGGCUUGUGCAGUCACCUCCUUGAGGACCCAUGACUGAGCCAUCCACAGGCCCACUUGGCCAAGGGCAUCUUUAACCACGACUCCCCAGCGAGCUUGCUGAGGUUCAGCAAAGAGGAGGACCUGUCCUUCAGAGGUGGAGAGUUGCAUCCAAUGGUUCAAGUGUCCCCGGAUAGCUUGCUGCCUACCCCUCAGCCAGGUUUCGGGUUGGCUCACGUGUGCGUAUAUGAACUGAAUAAACAUUUAAGAACCAGCUCCUCUCGAGUUAAGCAGCAGGCGUUUGACAAGACUGUCCGAUGCAGCGCAUCAAGGACCUCUCAGUUCUGUGGAUGCCUUCAUCCACCCUUCCUUCCUUCCUUUUUUUUUUUUUUUUACAAAGAGCCUUUGUGUUUUUAUAUAUUUCAUAGAAGAUUUUAUAGCAGUUGCAGGUAAACUGUCAGGAUUGGUUUUUAAAAUAUUUUUGUAACUUUUAAGAUAUUCUAUAAUUAUGCAUGUGAUUUUAACAUUGAUGCAAACAAAGAAAUCUCUUGCUGGAUUUGAGAGUAUUGCAUUUUAAAAGUCUCUCUUCCGUAACUGGAUGUUUCGGCCACUCUGUGGGGAGAGACGGCUGGGCUUCUUACAGCGAUGUAUUUCUGACACUGGCCGCAGGGUGCCUUUGGGGAUCUGAUGUACUGUUGUUACCUUGUUCACGCUCAGUGCUAUCGUGUUGUUUUGUGUUUUCACCAAGUGAUGCUGACGAUCAGGAGAGAAAUGAAUGUAGAGAGAGACUGAGAGGGAAAUACAGACUCUUAACAGAAGACUAAGGAGUGGAGCCUGCUGGUUCAGGCUCCUUACAGGAAGUGGGAAAAGGAGAUAGAAGGAACCACCUAUGCCGAAAAUACUGUAAAUAUGCAGUGAGGUUUGCAAAAUCUGUCCCAUGUUAUUUGCUUUUGGAAGCAAUUUUGAAAACCCCACGAGGGAAAAAAAAAAAAAAUUAGAGCAACAGUUUUUUUUUCCCCCUUUGCCACAUAAAUCAAAACUAACAGCAUCAAAUUCUAUGGGGCAGAAACCACAUAAUGUGAGUUUCAUCGAGUUAAAUAAAUACCUUUUGGAAAGGAGUUUGCCGAUGCACCAAAAAAGCCUGUCUGUGUUGUAGGAAUGUGUGGUGAAGUUCAAUUUCUGUUUUAUGAAACCUGUUUGGGUGGGGGUCUGGGGGUUGCACAGAGAAUGAGUUCUUGUAUUCGUGUCACACAGGUAGUUAUGGAAAUAUGUUAUUGUACUGUGUAAAGAUGCCCAGUCAUCUGAUUUGUUUGGCUUUCUACUUUGUACCUUUUCAAGCUUUUGCUAUACAUCUGGAACCCUCAACACAUACUGUGUUGUACUUCCUUUUGUAAAUGAUUUUUAAUGGAGUUUUGCACAUAACUCUUUGUAAUACUGUACGAUAAUUCAUGUGUGAAAAUAAUUCUUGCAAUAUCCUCA